AUGCCUUGUAAUUGGUUAUUAGUUGGAGAUACUAAAUUGUGUAAAAACCCAGUAAAAGGACAAUAUUGUGCUACCCAUACAUUCAAGAUUCGAAAGAGUAUAAUAAUUCCACAACCUGUAAAGGAUGUGGUUGAGAGACUAAAUCGAGUCUUCAGCUUUGUGUUCCAUGUGGCCAAG